CAAAAGCCCAAAGCGCAACGUAAUUCCUUUAAAUGGUUUCUCCUAGGGUUUCAUAUGACGAGUCGAGCAGAGCAGAUACAGCAGUUGGGCACCGUUGUGUGAAGAAAUGGCGAGAAUCAAGGUCCAUGAGCUGAGACAGAAGUCGAAGACUGAGCUCUUGAAUCAGUUGAAGGAUCUAAAGGCUGAGCUCGCUCUGCUUCGCGUCGCUAAGGUCACCGGGGGUGCUCCUAACAAGCUCUCCAAGAUCAAGGUGGUGAGGUUGUCUAUUGCUCAGGUCUUGACUGUGACUUCUCAAAAGCAGAAGGCUGCACUUAGAGAAGCAUACAAGAACAAGAAGUUCUUGCCCCUUGACCUGCGUCCUAAGAAGACCAGGGCGAUCCGCAGGAGGCUUACUAAGCACCAGCAAUCUUUAAAGACCGAACGUGAGAAGAAGAGAGAAAUGUACUUUCCAAUGAGAAAGUAUGCUAUUAAGGUGUAGGGUGGUAUCUUCAGGAUAGGCUGCAUUUAUAUUUUUCAAUCAUAAACCAAUUUUGUUGACAAGUUUUGAUUUGGAUUAUCUUUUUGUUAUGAUUAUGAUUAUGUUCGUGACUUGGAAGGGUGCCAUCUUACUCUUAACAGGAGCAAGAUUUAUGUUGGAAUGUUAGUUACAGAUGAUUUCUUUUCA